AUGCCUGCCAAGGAGCUGAAGGAGCCAUGCAUGGAGUGCAAGGAUGCUGAAUUCCAGAUCACCGUUCGCCAGAGGAAGCUUUGCAACUUUUGCUACAAGCGCUUUGUUGCUUAUAAAGUCAUUGCGCGCAUGAGUCGCUAUAGGCCUUAUGGCUUGGACCAGCCACGUCAUCAACUACUGCUUCCUGUGUCAUUCGGUGUCUCAUCGUCGGUUUUGCUGCACAUACUAGACACUGAUCGCCAGAGGCGUCUAGAUGAAUCACGUCUUGUAGGCUACGACUUUCACAUUAUUGUCGUUGAUCCAUCCACUGUCUCAGAGACAGCGCAAGCCUCGUUCGAUCAGAAAUUUGAACUGAUGCAAAAGUCCUUCCCUGCCCACACUUUUACCCGUGUUCCCUUUCACAGCAUCUUUGACCAUGCCUCGGAGAUGGAAGAGAUCAUGCGGGAGUAUGCAGGAACUCAUUUCAAGGAUGAUACUUCACUUUCCAACGAAGAGCGUUUGGCUGCCUUCCGUGCAUCUAUUUCUACAGCCACUUCCCAGGCCGAUAUCGAUACCAUCUUACUGACCAGGCUCAUUGUCGCAUUCGCAAAGAAGUUCGAAUGCAAAUCCGUACUUUGGGGUGAUUCGGACAGCCGUCUCGCCGCGAAAGCACUUGCAGGUGUUGCUAAAGGGCGUGGGGCCUCCCUCACUUGGCAAGUCUCCGAUGGCAUGUCUCCAUGGGGGUUGGAAUUUGAGUAUCCGUUGCGUGAUCUCUACAAGGCAGAAUUACUCCAAUACGAGAGCCUCUGCCCAGAGCUUUCGGAUAUAGUCAUUCCCGAUCAGGCACCAUCUGAAAACGUUCUCACCAAAAAUCUUUCCAUCGAUGAGCUGAUGCUGCGGUAUGUCCAGAGCCAGGGUGCAAAGUACCCGGGUGUCAUGGCGAACGUAGCAAGAACAGCGAAUAAACUCGAGUCAUCUACUUCCGGUGCUGCAGCUACGUGCGCUUUGUGUGCGGGUCUCUUGGGGAACACCGAGGGAAACACUGGGGUGACUGUUGCCAAUCAAGCCCAGGAUAACCACAGCUCUCAAUUCUGUUACGGUUGCAUGCGAUCUCGCCCUGAAGAGCUUUGCUAA